AUGGCACUAUUCCUCAUCUUGGUCCUGAGCACACUAGCAUGUUCAUUCCCCGUCCUCGCCCGCCGGUUUCCACGCCUACCAAUACCGCGGCACUUUCUCUUCAUCUCCAGGCAUUUUGGAACUGGGGUGCUGAUCGCCACGGCCUUUGUUCAUUUACUACCUACGGCGUUCAUCUCUCUGACAGACCCCUGUCUUCCUCGAUUUUGGAGUGAGAGCUAUCGUGCUAUGGCUGGAUUUGUGGCUAUGAUCUCCGUCUUCGUCGUUGUCGUUGUAGAGAUGUUCUUCGCCAUGAAAGGUGCCGGUCAUGUUCAUGGAAGCGAGUAUGAUCAUUUGAUCAGCAGCACUGCGCGAGAUUCCAUUGAAUCUACGAGCAACAACGCCGAUUAUUUGAGGCUUGACUCUCACGGUGCAGCGGACGACCUUCGUCUUGGCGCCAUUCAGUCAAACAGCCAGACGGACAUCCCCCAGCAGAAAUCUGGCUCCUUGCUCCGAACCUCACCAGAGCCCAAGCAUGGACAGGGCAAGAACUCGCCCUUAUACCACGAAGAGGACAGUCCAGAUCUGGAAAACAGCGAACCUGUUCACAACUAUCACAGCGUCCGUGGAGUUGGGGACUCCAAUUCUCGCUGUCAUGAUUCUCAGCCACAGGACUUGGCUGGGCAAACACCCCCUAAGUUGCCCUCACAGAGUCCUCGGCGCCAGCUACUACAAUGUCUACUGCUCGAAGCUGGUAUCCUUUUCCAUAGUAUUUUCAUCGGCAUGGCUCUCAGUGUUGCGACAGGAACAUCGUUUGUUGUUCUUCUUGUGGCAAUAUGCUUUCAUCAAACAUUCGAGGGGUUUGCCCUUGGGUCACGGAUCGCCUCCUUGAUACCAGAUCUCUUUUCGCCGUCAUCUAUGAAACCAUGGCUCAUGUCUCUGGCUUAUGGAACAACCACGCCAGUUGGCCAAGCUAUUGGCCUAGUCCUACAUAAUCUGUAUGACCCGGCGAGCACUGCGGGUCUUUUGAUGGUUGGCAUUACCAAUGCAAUCAGUAGUGGGCUCCUGCUGUUCGCUGGACUUGUGGAACUCCUUGCGGAGGAUUUCCUCAGCGAGUCUAGCUAUGCGACACUCAGAGGUCGCAGGCGUAUCGAGGCUUGUGUGGCCGUCGCAGGCGGAGCAUUGCUGAUGGCAUUGGUCGGCGCAUUCGCCUAA